AUGGGGCUACAGACUGCUGAAACUACGUUGGGCAAUGCUUCCCUGAUCGACUAUCUCACAUCCUCACUGACGGACUACCAAUGCGAAACCGGUGGCCAAGAAGAGGCGCCCUACCUAGUACAGGUGAUGAGGCUGAUUCUCAUCCCAGUCUGGUCCGGCAUUUGUGCCUUCGGUGUGCUCGGCAACUGUUUCACAGUGGUGGUGCUUCGGGCUAGGCACCUUCGACAAUCGAGCACCUCUCUCUACUUAACCGCACUGGCCUUUGUAGAUUUGGCCUAUUUGUGCUUUAGUCUGUUCGCUAGCCUUGGCAGCUUGGCUUUUUGGUUUCCGUCAGAACUGCGUCGGCAACAUGCCGUCUUCUGUCUGCUGCAAACCUUUCUCAGCUACACACUUGCUUUUCUGAGCGUCUGGCUACUCGUCUUGGUCACCGUUGAUCGGGCGUUUUGGGUGUUAAUGCCCUUCAUGGCAUAUCGUAUCUGCACUCGUUGGCAUGCCAGAGUUGCCAUAAUCUGUUUAUCUCUCGGACUUGUCGGACUAGACCUUCAUCUCUUCUGGACAAUGUCAUUUCAAGUCGUCCUCAAGCCAACUGGCAACCAAACCGAUCUGAUGAGUAAUGUUGGCCGAGCGCAUUGUAAGUGUGUAGUCGUUAGUCGGUUCACGAGUGAAGUAUUUCCAUACAUAGAUCUUCUCUUGAUUGCCAUUCUACCAUGCAUCACUAUGACUACGGCUAAUAUUCUAAUUGGUCUGAAGCUGCGUCGGCAGGCGCAUUUUCGUGGAAAGACGCAAGCAGGAGGUGAACGUCUGCUCGAAAAGAUGUCAUUAGGUUCGUCUACGCAUGCCCAGAAUUGGCUGGAACCGACUGGGCCAAGUAGUAACGGGCCUAGGGGCGAGAAGUCGGCAUGGCUGACCAAGAUGCUCAUCUCAACCAACGUGUUUUUCAUGGUUUCUGUCAGUCCACUUUUAGUCUAUGACAUUCUCUACAUCACAGAAGAUUUGGUUCGCUGGGUGGAGCGCGAUGAAGCCUACUGGGGUCCAGUCAUGUUCGGCCUCGAAAAGUUGGUUUACACUCUGUGGUAUACCAACUUCGCCAUUCACUUCCUUCUCUAUUGCCUUAGUGGCGCCAAGUUUCGUGAUGAAGUAUUGCGUCUACUACGAUCUGGAUGGACUCAACUCACUUUUGUCUGCUGUGGACAACUGUCAGAUAAACAAAAUAAUGUACGUACUCAUGUAGCAACCGUCGGAAAUAUUGAAACAUUAAAUCCUGAAGAGACGGGGCAAGAGAAGCACGCAAGCCAAAGAUUUCAAUUACGCAGCUUCUAUCGAGAUAACUUUAAGCGUACAAAACCAAAGAAGUGA